UAAUAAACUUUUUUUAUUUUCAGUUUCCUGGAUGAUUUGGAUAGAUUGGGCAAAAAGGAUUAUAUGCCAACAGAACAAGAUAUUUUGAGAACAAGAGUUAAAACCACAGGAAUUGUAGAGGUUCAUUUUUCAUUUAAAAAUUUAAAUUUCAAAUUAUUUGAUGUGGGUGGACAGAGAUCUGAAAGGAAAAAAUGGAUUCAUUGUUUUGAAGAUGUAACAGCAAUUAUAUUCUGUGUAGCUAUGAGUGAAUAUGAUCAAGUUUUGCAUGAAGAUGAGACUACUAAUCGCAUGCAGGAAAGUUUAAAGUUGUUUGACUCAAUCUGUAAUAACAAGUGGUUCACUGAUACUUCUAUCAUUUUAUUUCUCAAUAAGAAAGAUCUUUUUGAAGAGAAAAUCAAAAAAUCACCUCUCACUAUUUGUUUUCCUGAAUAUACUGGUGCACAAGAAUAUGGUGAAGCUGCAGCAUACAUUCAAGCUCAGUUUGAGGCAAAAAAUAAGUCCACAACUAAGGAAAUCUACUGCCACAUGACUUGUGCCACAGAUACCACAAAUAUUCAGUUUGUAUUUGAUGCCGUUACUGAUGUAAUCAUUGCCAAUAAUUUGAGAGGAUGUGGAUUAUAUUGAUCUCAAACCAUCAUUUUUAAGAUCAAUCACAUGCCACAAAAGAAGUUAACAUUUCCUGAUCUUUCAUCUAUGGUAUUUUGCUUGUCACCUCAAAGUAACAGUAUUGCACUCUCCUUUCUCCCUAAGUCCCAUUAUUAUUUUGUAUAAUCAUUUAUUUCUACAUAAAGUGGCAAAUUACAUUGUUGUGAUUUAAACAAUCUGUUUGUAAGAAAAAAAAUUCCUAGAAUUACUAGUCAUGUGAAAAUAGUUUAAAUAUUUAAUGGAUGUCAUAUAAAAUCAAAAAGGUUCUGCUUCAGGUUUAGAGCCCCAAGCCUGAAGUGUGCCUUUUUGUAAUCAGUGUUAUUUGUCUGUUCUAUGUUGUAUUAAUCAUGCUGUUCAUUGGGUGAGUGCAUCUACUGUGAGUAGGGGUAUUUAUUGAUACCCUCAGUUAUUGUAUUUCUCUUAUUCUUUACAAAGCAUGUGAUUAUACAUGCAGUGAUAUGACAAUACAUGCAUUUGUGUGUUUGACAAGAUAUAAAUCCUGGAAAAACUAUCAACAUCGGAACAAUGAUAGCGAAGACAAUUCCAAGUAUGAUGCCUGUGAAUUCCAUGAAUUAUCUAGGGUAAUGAAUUAUGCGAUCUUAACUCUUUUGAAGAUGUCGCAUAAGACAAAUUUUAGCUGUUACAAUAUCUAUGUGGAAUUUAACUCUAGGAUGAACAGCAUUAUAUCAGGCAAGCAGUGUUCAAGAUUAAACAAAUCAAGACAGCUCACAAGUAGUACCAACUAGUUAACUACUAUUUCUUCUUCCUUCUUAACCCCUCCUGGUUGUAUUGCUGCAAAAUCAUUCCUGCAACUUCCAAGAGUGAUUGUGUCUGGGCAUCAAACACAGGGAGCCCAUGUCAAUUAGUGUGCCACAAGUUCAUGUUUUGGCACAAUUUAUUAUUGCCAAAUAUUGUUCUGUGUAUUAUUCUUGUAUCAGGUAUGCAGUAUCUGCACACUUACCUUGUAGCCUAUUGAUGUCUUACAAAGAAAACAUGGUAUUCUUCAAUGACAGUGAGGUCUUACGAACUGCACAAUUGCACAACAUGGUGCAGCUGCUUUUAUCGUAUUAGCAAACCAUUAGUCAUUGAAUUAUUCAUAUGAUUACCACAAAGAAUGCACCAGAUGUUUCGAUAUUUACACAAGAAUAGGAUCUACACAAUGACCAAAAUACCUCUCUGUCUAUGAAGUUGCCAUGUCUGUUGUCAUUAGUCUUUGCUUGGUUAUGGUGCUUCUGUAUUUAAUGGAUGAAUAUAGUGCAGUCCUUAUUGUGUGGUAUUUUACAAAACUGAAAUUGGCUGGUUUAAUUGUAAAAGUACUUAUUUCAAUAUACAAGCAAAAAUUUCUAGUUUCGUGUUAAAUGAUGUAAUGACAGUCAUCGUAAAUAGAAAUUCUUGUGUAUGAAGUAAGGCAACUGCUCCCUGUGCUGUCCAUUACUAUUUUAUCUGGUCUGGCAAUUAAAAUAUUUCUAAUCACAAAA